CCCGAAUUGAGGAGGAGGAGGGAGGGGGGUGCAGAAAAAGGCAUCUUCUUCCUCUGUGGGCGGGAAUUCUUGUGCGAUCAAACUGAGGAUUCAGAGGGAGGAGGGAGAGCAUAGUGAAAGUGAAAGCCCUUCAGCACCACACGCUUCUGGACAGCGUCUGGACUGCAAUGUCGAAAAGAGGGAGAUUUGAUUGAAGACUGCAAAAUUGGAUUUUGGAAGCGCUUUUUUUAAUUGUGUCGCGCAAAACAUUUGUUUUGCGGCGAGACGAGGAAAGUAGGAAGAAGAAAAAACUGGGCAGCAACUGCAGAAGUUUACCUUGGAGUCACUUUGAGGAUUCUUGCGGCACUUGCCGUGCAGCUCAUUGGGUCCUCCUGUGUAUUUUCACCCGCCUGAAGGACUCAGAGAGAGAGAGGCAGAAUCCCAAAGACGCAAAGAAGAAAGCCUAACGUCUUUUUGUUUUGUUGAAGCCAUCUGAGAAUGCUCUUUGCAGUUUCAGGCUCAUCUGUUUUGGCAAUGUUUAGGUCAUACACAUAACCACAGCGUUCCACUGCAAGGAAAAGAAAAAAAAGCGUAAAACACAAAGAGAGCAUCUAUCAAAUUAGUGAAGUUGUAUCCGCUGUGGAAACCAUGAGAGGAGACGUUUGAAGAUGACUUUUUUUUUUCUGAAAAAUAAGUGUCGCUAACCUUGAAGACAUUUGCAUGUACCCAUAUCUUUUUCAUGCUCAAAGGACUAGAAUUUGUACUUGGAUGCAGAUUUAGCGUUUCAUAAUGACCCCGCGAGGAGGCUUUGGCUGGUGCUGCUGGCUGUCGCUACUUGCUUGUUAUUUCUUCAUCGCCUCGGCAGCCAAACCCAGAAUGCCAGGUCACACACACCUCAACUCAAUACGCAUUGAUGGGGACAUAUCGCUGGGUGGGCUAUUCCCGGUUCAUGCAAGAGGAAACGACGGCAAAGCCUGCGGUGAACUAAAGAAAGAGAAGGGCAUCCACAGGUUGGAGGCUAUGUUAUUCGCUCUGGAUCGCAUCAAUAAUGACAAUGAGCUGCUGCCUAACAUCACUUUGGGGGCGCGCAUCCUGGACACCUGCUCCCGGGACACUCACGCUCUGGAACAGUCGCUGACGUUCGUACAGGCUCUGAUUGAGAAGGACUCAACCGACGUCAAGUGUCUCAGCGGAGGGCCACCCAUCAUCACAAAACCUGAGAGAGUGGUCGGAGUGAUCGGCGCGUCUGCCAGCUCUGUGUCAAUCAUGGUGGCCAAUAUACUGCGUCUGUUCAAGAUCCCUCAGGUGAGCUAUGCCUCCACGGCUCCAGAGCUCAGCGACAACACACGCUAUGACUUCUUCUCUCGAGUGGUGCCGCCCGACACCUAUCAGGCCCAGGCGAUGGUGGACAUCGUCAAAGCCAUGCGCUGGAACUAUGUAUCCACUGUAGCCUCCGAGGGAAACUACGGAGAAAGUGGUGUGGACGCAUUCAUUCAAAAGUCUCGUGAGGAUGGUGGCCUGUGCAUCUCCCAGUCUGUGAAAAUUCCACGUGAACCAAAAGCUGGAGAAUUCGACAAGAUUAUACGAAGGCUGAGCGAGAACCCAAACGCCCGAGUGGUGAUUAUAUUUGCCAACGAGGACGACAUCAGGCGGCUGCUCGAAGCGGCGAAGAAAGCCAAUCAAACAGGCCAUUUUAUCUGGGUGGGUUCAGACAGCUGGGGGUCCAAAAUCUCACCGAUACUGAACCAGGAAGAGAUGGCUGAAGGCGCUGUGACCAUCCUGCCAAAACGACAGUCCAUCAAAGGCUUUGAUCGCUACUUCAUCAGUCGAACACUGGAGAACAACAGGAGAAAUAUCUGGUUUGCAGAGUUCUGGGAGAACAACUUCCAGUGCAAACUAAGUCGGCAUGCUGUGAAGAAAGGCUCUGGCAUCAAAAAGUGCACAAAUCACGAAAGGAUUGGUAAAGAUUCCUCCUAUGAACAAGAGGGAAAAGUCCAGUUUGUGAUCGACGCGGUUUACGCCAUGGCUCACGCUCUUCACAACAUGCACAAAGACCUCUGCCCUGGGAAGGUUGGCCUCUGCUCCAGGAUGGAGACCAUCAAUGGCACACUGCUGCUCAAAUACAUUCGAAAUGUCAACUUCUCAGGAAUUGCUGGCACUCCGGUGGUCUUCAACGUAAACGGAGACGCUCCUGGUCGUUAUGAAAUCUACCAAUACCAGAUGACGAAUAACACCACAGAGUACAAAAUCAUUGGCCACUGGACCGACCAGCUGCACUUAGAUACAGAGGAGAUGCAGUGGCCAGGUGGGAGUCAAGAAGUCCCCUCCUCCAUAUGCAGCCAACCUUGCCGAGCUGGUCAGCGGAAGAAGACGGUGAAAGGAAUUCCGUGUUGUUGGCACUGCGAGAAUUGCGACGGCUACCAGUAUCAGGCGGACACUUACACCUGCAAGAUGUGUCGCUUUGACCUGCGGCCCAACGAGAACCACACCGGCUGCGUUCCCAUUCCCAUUGUUAAACUGGAGUGGAGCUCUCCGUGGGCUGUCAUCCCCGUUCUCAUUGCUGUCCUGGGCAUCAUGGCGACACUGUUUGUUGUUGUCACCUUUGUGCGCUACAAUGACACACCCAUUGUUAAGGCCUCAGGGCGAGAACUGAGCUACGUGCUUCUGACCGGUAUCUUCUUAUGCUAUGCUACGACAUUUCUUAUGAUCUCCGCCCCUGAUGUUUUUAUAUGCUCGCUGCGAAGGAUCUUCCUGGGCUUGGGUAUGAGUAUCAGUUAUGCGGCACUGCUCACAAAGACCAAUCGCAUCUACAGGAUUUUUGAACAAGGCAAAAUGUCAGUCAGUGCCCCUCGAUUCAUCUCCCCGGCCUCACAGUUGGUCAUCACAUUCAGCUUGAUUUCCAUUCAACUUCUCGGAGUGUGUAUCUGGUUCGGUGUUGACCCGUCGCAAGCCAUUAUCGAUUACGAGGACCAGCGUACGGCUAAUCCUGACAUGGCCCGCGGAGUUCUGAAGUGCGACAUAUCGGAUCUUUCCCUCAUCUGUCUGUUGGGUUACAGCAUGCUCCUGAUGGUCACGUGCACUGUUUACGCCAUCAAAACCAGAGGGGUGCCCGAGACUUUUAAUGAGGCCAAACCAAUCGGCUUCACCAUGUACACCACUUGCAUCGUAUGGCUUGCCUUCAUCCCCAUCUUCUUUGGGACGUCGCAGUCUGCAGAAAAGAUGUACAUCCAGACCACAACCUUGACUAUCUCUGUCAGCCUGAGCGCAUCCGUCUCUUUGGGAAUGCUUUACAUGCCCAAGGUCUACGUGGUUCUCUUUCAUCCGGAGCAGAACGUACCCAAGCGCAAGCGCAGCCUGAAGGCUGUGGUUACUGCUGCCACCAUGUCCAGCAAGUUCAACCCAAAAGGGGGUCUGCGGCCCAAUGGGGAGGCCAAGUCAGAACUCUGUGAAAGUCUGGAAACGCAAGCGUUGGCCUCCAAGCAGACAUAUAUAAGCUAUAGCAACCAUGCCAUUUAAGGAAUUCAACGUCAGGCUGCCUAAGGAGACAUCGCCUCAUUCUGGGGAAUAAUAUUGAAGGAAGAUUCCGGAUGAGCUGCUGCAGUAGUGUGCAAAGACAGGAUUAGAAGGAUGUCUUUUUUUUUUUUAAUAAUCAAAGGCCUCAUUUAUCAGAAAUUAGUAGAAUGCAAGAAGACUGGACCAUUCAUUUCCCCCCCCUUCCAUAUUUUCUGAUAUGCUCUUAAAUGUUGGGCUGUGAUGUGUUCAAAUGCAGGUUGGGUGAAGCAAAUGAAGCUAACAGUAUAUUUUCAUUUAUAGCCCACAUUGCAGUCCUCUCCUGGGGGGGGGGAGUAUUUUUUGAUUUUGCAAUUGAAAUGAAAAAUGUCAUUGUUAGUGAAGUUGUCAAUUGCAGUACUCUUUUAACUGUACAUGCCUUACAAGAGUCCAUUGAGUAUUGCAGUAUAAAUUAUCCAUACCUGGAUUUGACAUACAUUGUUUGUUUUGUUUUUUUUUCAUCUUUUUCCAAUGACGUUCCAGAUUUAUGUCUAUGACAUCAUCAUUUUUUGGCAAACCAAGUGUACAGUCCCAGAGCAUGCUUGUGGGAGCAUCACAUGUACCGUGCUGUGUUGUCAAUGGAAUGCAACAUUCGUCAUGGUUGUCAUUUACAGUGGGGACCAUGAGCAACUCUCUCUGAUGUGUAAACACAACAAGACAACCGACCAAUCAGAGGAAUUAGAGCCUUACUUACUUAAACAUCCAGAUUUUAAUAAUUAUUUAUAAUACUUAUUUAUCAUGCAACCAUCGGGACUAAUGUCAGUCAGUGUUAACUUUAAUUUCAAUUGUCGCAAGGUGACUAUUGAGCUAUGUUUUCAGUUACAGUUUGUUUUUGUAGUUCUUAAAAGGAAAACUGCACUUUUUUUCCCUAUGUGAGAGAGGAAGACACAUCUUUCCCUUUUUUGUGCGUUCUUGUUAGCCGGCUCGUGCCAUCAAGUUUUUCAUAAAGAAUGGACAUGGAGGUGGCUAUCUAGAACAUACAGAAAAGAGUGUUCUUCUCUCAUAUUGGGAUUAUGUUCCUUUCCUUUAAAGAACGCUAUUAUGGAAUUCCAGAUAUAACUGCUGUUACAAAAAUUAAUUUAGGCUACAUUUGGAUAAAAAUAUUUAAAUUAAAAAAUUAGCAUUUUGCAGCUUGAUAAAUAAGGGCCACUACUUUUAAAUUUGUGCUCUAACCAUUUGAUGUCUAUGGACCAUUCAUGGUGUUGUUAGAUUGUAUUCUGUUCAAACACCAGGAAGAGCUCCGUGUACAAAAUCUUAAGUGUGCAAACUCCAUUUCUGUCUUGAGUCUCUAGAGUUUUCCUUUGGUAUUCCUCUUAAAAAAGAGCAACUCUGGAAUUUGUCACAAUAAAUCUUAACCUCAGCGAUGCAGAAUAUGUAUGUUGCAUGUCAAAAAAAAAAAAUGUAAGUCGUGAACAAUUUGAUAUUCAGGUGUGCUGUUCAGGAGGGAAACUUCAGCAGAGAAUUAUAAAUAACCAAUUGUUUUGGUUUAAUCAAGAAUUCUCACAGAUCUCAGCUCGAAUAAGGUUUAAAGUUGUUUUUUUUUGUUAAUUAUUUGGACAAAGUAUUGUUUGUGGGAAAUGUGUUUGUGAAUAUGGAUAUACUUAACUGCUUUUUGUCACAAUCUCACUUUUAUUUUUUCUAAAAACACUGUUACAAAAAUAGAAUAUGUAAGUGCUGAUUGAAAAUAAGUGGUAAGUAAAUGUAUGUUAUCAAAACGGUUUGAUUCUGUUUGCUUUAUGUACGAAAUUAUUUAAAAAGAAACGAAAAAGAAUAAAAUACAGUGCCUGGAUAUUUAUGAAUUAUAUAUAGAAAAGAAUACA